GGUCGCGGCGACAUACACUCUUUGCCGCCCACGUCCGGGCGAGACGCGUGACGCCGCCGCGGCAACUGGGGGACCGAGCGCUGCCAUCAUGUCGGCGUCGAGUGGCCAGUCGCGUCGCGUGGCGUACUUCUACGACGCGGAGAUCGGGAACUUCCACUACGGCCAGGGCCACCCCAUGAAGCCCCACCGCGUGCGCAUGACGCACAACCUCGUCGUGAACUACGGCCUGUACCGGAUGAUGGAGGUCUUCCGGCCGAAGCCCGUGAACGCGGCGCUGAUGACGCGGUUCCACAGCGACGACUACAUCAACUUCCUGCGCAUCAUCACGCCGGACAACAUGCACGAGUACCUACGCCAGCUGCAGCGCUUCAACGUCGGCGAGGACUGCCCCGUCUUCGACGGGCUCUUCGAGUUCUGCCAGCUCUACACGUCCGGGUCCAUCGGCGGCGCGGUGCGGCUCAACCAGCAGUGGAGCGACGUCGUCAUCAACUGGGCCGGCGGCCUGCACCACGCGAAGAAGUCGGAGGCGUCGGGCUUCUGCUACGUCAACGACUGCGUGCUCGGGAUCCUGGAAUUGCUCAAGCGGCACCAGCGCGUGCUCUACAUCGACAUCGACAUCCACCACGGCGACGGCGUCGAGGAGGCCUUCUACACGACGAACCGCGUCAUGACCGUGUCCUUCCACAAGUUCGGCGAGUACUUCCCGGGAACGGGCGACGCGCACGACGUCGGCUACGACGAGGGCAAGAACUACGCGAUCAACUUCCCGCUCCACGACGGCAUGGACGACGCGAGUUUCAAGUCCAUCUUCGAGCCCAUCAUCGGCAAGAUCAUGGAGGUCUUCGCGCCGGGGGCCGUGGUGCUCCAGUGCGGCGCCGACUCCCUCUCCGGGGACCGCCUGGGCUGCUUCAACCUGAGCCUCAAGGGCCACGCGGACUGCGUCAAGUACGUCAUGACGUUCGGCGUGCCCAUGCUCGUGCUCGGCGGCGGCGGCUACACGCUGCGCAACGUGCCCCGCGUCUGGACCUACGAGACGUCCGUGCUCCUCGGCACGGAGGUCAAGGACGUGCUGCCCUACAACGACUACUUCGAGUACUACGGCCCGGACUACCGGCUCCACAUGCCCGUGUCCAACAUGGAGAACUUGAACUCGACGGAGUACCUGGAACACAUCAAGACCCAGCUCUUCGGCGUGCUCAAGGACGUCGAGGCCGUGCCGGGCGUCCAGAUCAAGUCGCAGGCCGACGACAUGGACACGUCCGGCGACGGCGGCGCCGCGCCCGCCGCCGCGCCCGUCGCCGCCGCGCUCGCGGCGGCCCAGCCCGACGACGUCUCCAAGGCCGAGGAGAACGACAACAACCCGGACGCCAAGGGCACGUCGGACAACCGCGAGCACCCCGCGGAGUUCUUCCCCACGCCGGGGCCCGACGCGCCCCCGCCCGCGCCCUGAAGCGGACGCGGCCGCGCGCGCGGACCGGAAGCGAGCACCAAGCCAGAAAAAAACAG